AUAGGCUUUUUUGAGUUUGGGCAAGGAGACAGGGGCCCCAUGAUCCCCUAUUGCCCGGGGGCCCCGUGAGUUGUCAGUCCGCCCCUGGCCCUACUGAAUUAGUGGAUUCCUGUCCGAGUCACAUGCAGUUUCCCUAUAGGUGCAAUGCGGUGCGAUUUGCUUCAUUCAUUUUAUAUGGCUCAAAUUGCACUGCAAUUCACACCGCAUCAACAGGGAAAUGGCAUGUGAUUCAGACAGAAAUCUACUUUAGAGUCCCAUUAGUGAGGUUUCUUUUUUAC